CCAUCAUCAACCUACCUUCACUGCAUUGAGCAUGACUAAUCAACCAAGUCAAGAUCCGGGGUGAAUACAAGCAGAUUGUGUGGCGUCCCUCAGACCAAUUCGUCGUCACCAUGUCGUUCUCGCACUCAAAGGCAAGCAAAGAUUACCACAGAGCUUUACAGUCUUUUGCGGAAAGUGGUGCUGUCAGCGACGAAGAAAGUGAUGAUGGGCUAGACAUUGUCGAGUCGUCUCGCAAACAGCUAGAUCUCUCACAAUACAUUGGAGCUCUUACGCAGACGCAAACCCAAUCGCAAGACGGCGAGACCAUGAAAGCAUGCAAGGCUGCUGACGAGGAAUCUGACGGCGAUGAAGCUUUUGAGACCGCCCUAAAGUUACCAGAGUCACAGGCCACCGAAUCUGAAACCGACGAUGACGACCCUGGAGUAGAGUCUGAGUGGUCCGAAGAGGAUACACGAGCUGCCUACGAGAAGUGGAAGAACCGCAAAACUCUCAAGCGAAAGCGCGCAGUAGCAGAGACUGUGCGAAUACGCCAACAGAAGAAGUCAAAAGCAGCCGCUACAACAAGCAUCGUUGGCCGCAAGCCUCCACCAAAGGCAAAGCAACAAGACGCUCGCGACGUUGCUUUCAGUACUGACUCAGUGGCCGGUGACGCUGAGGAUGCAACAUAUCUAGAUGACCCGAUACCCGAGUACAUCACCUCGCGCCAGAAGCAUCUCAAGAAGUUACAUGAGGCAGGGCUGCGAUACCCACCCAGCUUCGAGAACAUCGAAUUUUCAGACUCGGAGACGGAAGAGAAACCGCAGCUUGACAAAGCUGUCAAACCGCAGCGAGGGAAGAAGAAGCUUAGGCUGCGUGAGUCUGGAGGCAUUAUCCCAGCACCUAUAGCGCAGUGGCUACGUGACUAUCAGGUGGAGGGUGUCGAGUUUCUGCACGAGCGCUUUGUCAGGCAGACCGGGGCUAUCUUGGGUGAUGACAUGGGUUUGGGUAAAACCAUCCAGGUCAUCGCGUUCCUCACAGCAGCAUUCGGCAAGACAGCGACAAAGACAGACGCGAAGUGUAUGCGCAAGAUUCGCCGGGAUGGCGAAGACCGGUGGUACCCACGUGUGCUCGUUGUCUGCCCGGGAACGCUGAUGCAGAACUGGGAAGACGAGCUGUCCAAAUGGGGUUGGUGGGAAGUGUACAGAUACCACGGCAACGUCGCAGAUCGCAAAGGCGUGCUCAGCGCCGCGAAGAGAGGUAUGUUGGAGAUCAUGAUCACAACAUACAACACCUAUCGCAUCAACGAGAGUGAUGUCAAUACGAUUGAUUGGGACUGUGUUAUUGCUGACGAGUGCCACUCGAUCAAGAGCAAAUCUUCCGAGAUCACCAUCGCAAUGAACAGGAUCAACGCGCUGUGCCGUAUCGGCCUUACUGGCACUGCUAUCCAAAACAAGUACGAAGAGCUGUGGAAUCUCCUCAAUUGGGCACGACCAGGCGCGUACGGCUCUGCCCAGGAGUGGAAGCAGACAAUAAGCGUUCCUUUGAAGAUGGGUCAGGCUCACGACGCAACCAACGCUCAGCUAGCGGACUCGCGCAGCAGAGCUCAAGAUCUAGUCCACAACAUCCUACCUAAUGUGUUUCUUCGCAGGAUGAAGACACUCAUUGCUGACCAACUGCCGAAGAAGAGCGACCGCGUGGUUUUCUGUCAACUUACUGAAACUCAAGCGGACGCAUACCGGACGUAUCUUGAAAGCGAUAGGUGUGAGUACAUUCGUACCGCAAAAGAGCCUUGCGACUGCCAAUCUGGUAAACCCAGAGGCUGGUGCUGUUACACAGAUAUACCCGGAAUCGAAGAGAAAUGGGCAAAGUUUAUGUUUCCAUGCAUGGUCACGCUUCAGAAGCUCGCGAACCACAUCGCCCUGAUUGUCCCUUCGUCAACAGACACCAAAGAGAAGCAAGCAAAGGAUCUACAGAACUUGGAGACAGCGUGCCCUGAUACAUACCGGGAGCUCUGGCGCAAUAGAGAUGCCAUCCUCAAUCAGUCUCAGCGCGAAUUCUGCGGGAAAUGGAAGGUUCUGCGUCGUCUACUGGACUUCUGGCACUCGAACGGCGAUAAAGUCCUCAUUUUCUCACACUCCGUUCGUCUCUUGAGACUCCUUCGCGGCCUCUUCGACGUGGAUGGCACGAAGUACAACUUCUCGUACCUCGACGGUAGCAUGAAGUACGAAGAUCGCUCGAAAGCUGUGGCCGACUUUAACGCCGACCCGGAGCAAUUUGUGUUUCUGAUUAGCACGAAGGCGGGUGGCGUGGGACUCAAUAUCACGUCUGCUAAUAAAGUCGUCGUUGUGGACCCGAAUUGGAACCCAGCGUACGACCUGCAAGCACAGGACCGUGCAUACCGCAUUGGACAAACGCGAGACGUCGAAGUCUUUCGCCUAGUAUCGAGUGGCACGAUUGAGGAGAUUGUGUACGCGCGCCAGAUCUACAAGCAACAACAGGCCAACAUCGGGUACAACGCCUCUGAAGAGCGGCGCUACUUCAAAGGCGUGAUGGACCAAGCGAGCAAAAAGGGCGAGCUCUUUGGGCUGGAGAAUUUAUUCACGUUUCAAGAAAACAGCGUGCUGCUUAGGGAUAUCAUGCACAAAACCAACGUUGCUGAAUCGCGGGCGGGUGUGCAAGCCGUAGACUUCCAGUUCGACGAGACGCAAUACUCGUCCGACGACGACGAAGACAUCCUAUCCAACAGAAACCUCGGAAUCGACGAUUCCAACCUUGCGAACAUCAAGAAGCUUGCUGAGUCACUCUCCAACCCCGGCAGCGAUGUGAAGCGGCGCGGCCGCAAGAAAUACCAGAAGAAACUCGGCGCGGACCCGAUCAGUGCAAUCUUAGCAAAAGCGGGCGUACAGUAUACGCACGAAAACUCCGAAGUCAUUGGCCGCAGCGAAGUCGAAGCGCGCCUGGGCAAGCAGGCAAUGGAGCUGCGCAACGACAUCGAUCUCUCCGCGGCGCAAGUCUUCCAAGCAACCCAGAGUCAGCGCGGCUCGAAUACCCACGCCCACCCUCUUGCGUUUGAGGAAGACGCUGAAGUCGACGAAGACGACGAGAUCAUACUACCAGGCGGCGCUCAGAAACGCGAGUUCAAAAUCAACUACCGAUACCGCCCCGAUGAGCAGGUGCGCCAAAGACAGUUCUGCGCCAUGGCGGAAAGCAUGGGAUUCGAGGAUCCUGCUGAAUUUGCGCUGCUUGUAGAGAGUAGUACUCAGGCCGAGAGGCGGAAGAUGCUGGAGAGGUUCUAUCGGGGCCGCAGGAAGGGGCUUGCGAAGGAGUUGGGUAGUUGAGAAGGCAUGAGUGAUGGUCGUUCGACAACAGAUCGAAAAAAUGGAGACGAUGAUACCCCGGAGUUGAUGCCGUAAAUAGGCAGAAUUCGCGAGCAUUUUCUAC